AGAGAGAAAAAUUUUGAAGUCCCCAAUUUAAAGCCCCGGGCUUCAAGAAUAUUUCCGGUGCUCUAAGGCUCAUCCUUUCUAUUAAUGAUGCCUUAUUUUUUUAAUAUGGAGUAAUUAUCUAAAGUCCAAACCUACCAACUCAGUUUCCCACUUACUUUUAUCACUCCGUACAAACGCCAUCUGUAUAUUAGUAGUGAUUAGUAAGUAGAAUAGUAGUCCGCUAAUCAAUCAAACUCGAUCAGGAGUCGAAGCUAAUGGCCAUGGCCUCACCGGCUCAAGUUCACGUCCAACACGACGACGACUCAACAAUAUCAAUGGAGCUGGACCUCCCCCAAGAACUCACCACCGAAAUCCUAACAAGAUUACCCGUCAAAUCCCUCCUCCGCUUCACCGCCGUUUCCAAAGCCUGGCGUUCCCUGAUUCGCAGCCCUGCUUUCGCGGCGGCCCACACGCGUCUCUCCGGCGCCGGCUUCCGCCGCCUCUUCCUCAUCGCUUCAGUCGCCGGCCAAGGCCGACACACCUCCGUCCAUUCCUUGGCCCGGGAAAACGGCGACUCCUCCCCCGCCUUCGCCACUCUGCACCAGCUCGAUUCCUCCCCCGCCUGCCCCUGCAAAUCUCCCACAAUCCUGGGCGCCUGCCACGGCCUCAUCUGCCUCUCCGCCGGCCUCUGUAAACUCCUCCUCUGGAAUCCGUCCACGAGAACCUCCCGGGUCUUCCCCGACCCGCUCGGGUCUUCUGGUUGCUACGUCCGAUUCGGGUUCGGGUACGACGACCACGCCCAGGAUUACAAGGUCGUGAAGAUCUGCAGCUCCGAAUCUUCGUCGAAUCAGUACGAAAACAGAGUCCAGAUUUACAGCUUAAAGCCCGAUUCUUGGAUCUCAAUCCCCGGUUUCAGCAGCGGGUACAUCAACGGGAAAUACGGCGUCUUCCUCAACGGAGCCCUUCACUGGGAUCUCCGCCGCGGCGAAUAUCCCUCCGAGAUUCUCGCGGUGGACUUGGAGAAAGAGGACAGGUACAGGACAAUACCAAUUCCCGGGUGGGAUUACGAAAACAGGAAAUCGACUCUGAAACUGGAGGUUCUGGGCGGGUGUUUGGCCGCUUGUUUGUUCUCUUCCUCGAAGAAGACGAUGGAGGUUUGGGUGAUGGAGGAGUACGGCGUGGCCGGUUCUUGGACCAGAGUGGUUUCCGUUUCCCUCGCCGGCGGCGGCGAUCUCAGGGGCCACGUGUCUGUUCUGUACAUGUCCGAUGAUCGGACCCAGUUUCUGUUCAAUCUUGGAAACCAGCUGGUUUCUUACAACAACGUCAAUGGCGGAUCGUUCAAGAAGCUGGAGAGGUAUGAUUGGACUUUUGCUCUUCAUCUUCAAUCUGCAAUUUACUCUGAAAGCAUUUCGUUGCUAGCUUGAUUUACACGCCGGUCUGGUCCGAAUUCAAGAACUGUUAUGUCUAGUGAAUAAUUACUUUUUUCAACUGAAUCGGAGUUUAAGUGGGCAAUAACUCUAUGAAUAAUCCGGAGUACAAACUUAUUUGUGUUUAUUGAGUAUGUGGUUUUAUUAAGCGAAUAAUUUACUUCUCUUGAAGUGUGAAUUUGUGACAUUGCAAGAAAAAUCAAAAUUUGUGAUAUAAAUAUAGAGUUGUACUAUUG